AUUCUUUUGCGAGUAGUUCCGUUUUCCGAGUAAUAUUAAAAGUAACGUGAACCAUGAAGGCGGCCUUUCUUUUGGCCGGGCUUUUUGCGCUGGUCCACGCAGACACGCCGGCUAGCUCCAAAGUCGUCUGCUACUACGACAGCAAAAGUUAUGUCCGAGAAUCGAACGCGCGGAUGCUGCCUCUGGACUUGGACCCCGCUCUAUCCUACUGUUCCUAUUUGGUGUAUGGCUACGCUGGCAUCCAGCCCGACACUUACAAAAUGGUGCCCCUCAAUGAAAACCUUGACAUCGGGAAAUCGCACGACAAUUACCGAGCCAUCGUUAACUCUGCGCAUAAGCUUCCGAACCUGAAGGCUCUUCUCUCCGUGGGAGGCGACGCCGAUAAAGAAGAUGAACUUAAAUAUAACACUCUGUUGGAGUCACCUCAGAGUCGCACGGCUUUCGUAAACUCCGGAGUGUUGCUCGUGCAGCAAUAUGGGUUCGACGGGCUUGACCUCGCCUGGCAGUUCCCGAGAAUCAAGCCCAAGAAGAUCCGCUCCACUUGGGGAAGUUUAUGGCAUGGCGUUAAAAAAACUUUUGGUACGACUCCCGUGGACGACAAGGAAUCGGAGCAUCGCGAGGGAUUCACAGCUCUAGUGCGUGAGUUGAGGUCCGCCCUCAACGCUGUCCGGCCCAACAUGCAGCUCUCCGUCACCAUUCUACCGAACGUUAACUCUUCAGUGUACAUCGACGUGCCUUCCAUCAUUAACCAUGUAGACUACAUCAACAUAGAGUCUUUCGACUACUACACUCCGGAACGGAACCCGAAGGAGGCAGACUACGCGUCGCCGACCUACACGCCGCAGGGCCGCAACAACCUACUCAAUACUGACGCAGUAGUUUCCUAUUUUUUACAAAGCGGGGCGCCAAGCGGGAAGAUCAUCGUCGGUAUUUCCACCAUCGGCCGUACCUGGAAACUCGACUCUGACAGCGAGAUCUCGGGAGUGCCGCCCCUACACGCUGACGGCCCUGGUGAAGCAGGUCCUUACACCAAAAUCGAGGGUCUCCUGAGCUACCCCGAGGUCUGCGCCAAGCUGAUUAACCCCAACCACCAGAAAGGCAUGCGUCCCCAUUUGAGAAAGUUCACCGAUCCAAGUGAACGUUUCGAGAAAAAGGAAAAUAAAGAAAGACCAUUUACUAAGGAUGCUGAUUUGUCAAAUUCAUUUGGAACAUAUGCGUUCCGCCUCCCCGAUGACAGCGGCGAGGGAGGACUGUGGGUAACCUACGAGGAUCCAGACACUGCUGGCAAGAAAGCCAAUUAUGUGAAGACGAAGAAACUUGGAGGAGUGUCUAUCGUAGAUUUGUCCAUGGAUGACUUCCGUGGUCUUUGCAACGGGGAGAAGUACCCUAUUCUCAGAGCCGCUAAAUAUAGAUUGUAAUACUAGGUAAUUUAGGUAUAUUAUAUAUUGACAUAUGAUUAAUAUCAGGCAUUUAUUUUUAGCAAUUGACUAGUGCUUUUAAACGGAUUACAUUUUUCAGUAAAAUUGACAUAUUUCUAAUGUUAUAUUAUUGAUUUAAUUUAAUGUUUAUCUAGUUGGUAAAUUUUAGAUAUGAUCUUUAUUUCACGUCUUUGACUCCUGUGUGCGUAGUGCGGCUUUGUUAUUUACAUUUCACCAUCGAGUCGCUUCGCAGGUACUCGUCUUUGAAAGAGAGAGAGUCAAAGAGUUUACUGCGGCAAAUUGAGGGCAAUGCAUUGAAUUAUUUCUAGUUUAUUUACAUUCAUACUUUAUUAGCUUCCAUUUUAACUACACUGUGUCUGUGUUAUUAAUUUAUUUAUUUAUUUCUUUCUUUCUUUUAUCGAUUAGAUAGUGAUAAGUGAAAUGCAAACCCGCACUUCGCCCUGUGUACUAAUAUGAUGUAGGUUGUAAUAUUAUAUUAUAUUUGUAAGUUCAUAAAAUAAUAAGAGCUCCACACAUUUGUAUCUAGGUUUAGGUAUUUACUGUUACAACUAGAUUAGCUGGGCCCGCUAAUUGAUGUACCUAUCGAUGAUCGAGGAGCCAAUUCAGAUUUUAAAAGGAAACUUACCACUGUAAAAGAAAUUCCGAAAUUGUGUUUUCUGUGGUUGCCGGACGAUCAUAGAAUAUAAUUAUAUCCGUUUAAAAACACCAAUGUGUUAUUUGGUGUAAAUGAAAGACAAUAUUGUAAUUGAUGUAUUUGAUCUUGUAAUGAAAGAAAAUAUUGUAACUGAUGUAUUUGAUCUUGUAAUGAAAUAAAAUAUUGUAAUUGAA